GAGUUCAACAAAACUUUGCAAGCAGUGAGUGAGUCCUCUGUUAUGGAAUGCAGUGCAGAAAACCAGAGUGUACACUGCAGUUUCAUAAUGAAGCUGGCUGGGAGUGAGAAUAUAAGCAGUUUAACAGACAAAGCAGAAAUAAGCCAACUUGAACGGUGCUGCUGUUCAUCACUGAAGAUUUGUUCUUUGACUGCUGAAGAAUUACAAAUGUAUAUUAUACAAGUGCCAUCUCAUUCUAUAUGGGUUCCUUUCUCUCGUUCUUCUCUCGCUAAAAAGACUUUCCCCAAAUCUAGGACUUUUAUUUCUCCCACUAUGCUUUCUACCAAACAAAGCCCCUCAAUUAGACCACUGAUCCCACCAUUCACAGAAAUUUAUUUUUCUGGAGUUCUUUCCACAUCUCCCACUACAAAUCCUCUAUCUGAAACUUCUACCACAUCUUCUACUGAAACUUCUGUGUCUUCCACCAGUGCUACCACUAUAGUUUCCUCUUCUGAGUCUCUUGCUCAACCUACCAUGCCAACAUUUCCUUCCAUAGCUUCUAAUAAAUCUGCCACUAUUUCCACACCUGCAACAAAAUCUGUCACUAAUGCUGCUUUCUCAGUCAAAUCUGAUGCUGCGUAUCUUAGCAAGCCUAUUACAAUAAUUUCUCCUUCUGUAGGUUUCACUAAAUAUUCUGCAGUUUCCUCUUCUGAGCUUCCCCCCAAACCUCCAUUAGCAAUUCCGCCUUUUGAGACUACCACCAAAUCUGUUGCACAAACUCAUCCUGCUACAGAUUCGAUCCAAUCUAUUUCUGAUAACAAAAACACGACAGCAGCGCCUGUUCUUCCCCUUACUCCUUUCACAAUAACUUUGACCCCCACUGUUAGCCCUGUCAACCAUUCAGUCUCAGCUUCUCAUCCUCAUUCUACUGCUGAUGGACAUGGUAGCCUGCCUAAUGGGAGCACAGGAAAGAUACUAUCAGCUACCACAUACACAACUUCUGUAUAUACCACCAUUAAUAUUACCACAGCUGAGCAAAUCGUGUCCAAAAUAGAAAAUGAUUUAGCAGCUGGAAAAGUAGAGCCAAAAGAUGUGGAAAGGAUGGUUAGUGAGGUUAGCAAACUCCUGACUGCUUCUCAACCAUUACCACCCCGAAUUUCUAACAGAAUUAUAAAACUGGUGGAUUACAUUGGCUUAAAACUGAACUUUUCAGCAACGUCUGCUGAUUUUGCUUCCCCUUCCUUGGCUCUGGCAGUUGUCAAAACCAAUGGCAUCCGCUCCAACCAAAUGUCUUUUGCUGUCCAGGACUCAGCUGAUCUCCAGAUCUCUCUAGGCACUAAUGCAAUGAAUGAUUUAAAUAAUCUCGGAUCAAUUACACUUCCUUCAUCAUUGCUGACAAAUUUACCCCCUGAAGAGUUGGAGUUUGCUUCUAGAAUUAUAUUCAACUUCUUUAAAAAGACCACUGUGUUCCAGGAUCUGUCCUUGAAGAAUGCAUCUUUAAUCAGCAAUGUUAUAUCAUCAAGUGUUGCUAACCUCACAAUUAGCAACUUAAAGGCAAAUGUUACUGUCACUUUACAGAAUAUCAAACCUAAUCAGGAUAAUUCAACAGUUAGAUGUGUUUUUUGGGACUUUAAUAAAAAUGGUGGACAUGGAGGCUGGUCGUCGGAAGGUUGCAUAGUUAAAGAAAGUAGAGUAAAUGAAACAGUCUGUUCAUGCAACCACCUCACAAGCUUUGCAGUUUUGAUGAACUUGUAUGGAAAUACUCCUUUGAAUCCCACACAGGAAUUGGUACUGACUUUUAUAUCCUAUAUAGGCUGUGGCCUCUCUGCAAUUUUUCUUUCUAUUACUCUUGUGACCUACAUAGCCUUUGAGAAAAUCCGGAGAGACUACCCCUCCAAAAUCCUUAUUCAGCUGUGUGCUGCGUUACUUCUACUCAACUUAGCUUUCCUCCUGGACUCAUGGAUUGCACUGUAUGAUACACGAGGCCUCUGCAUUGCAGUUGCAGUAUUUCUUCACUAUUUCCUCUUGGUUUCCUUCACCUGGAUGGGCCUAGAAGCUUUCCACAUGUAUCUGGCCCUUGUGAAAGUCUUUAAUACCUAUGUCCGGAAAUACAUUCUUAAAUUUUGCGUUGUUGGUUGGGGGUUACCAGCAGUAGUUGUGUCCAUUGUGUUGGCUGUAUCACCAGAUAAUUAUGGACUUAUAACCACCGGAAAGGUUUCAAUAAACAGACCUGAUGAAUUCUGCUGGAUUAAAAAUAGAAUUGUCUUCUAUAUUACUGCUGUGGGAUACUUUUGCCUGAUAUUCCUGAUCAAUAUCAGCAUGUUCAUUGUUGUGCUGAUCCAGCUCUGUCGUAUCAAAAAGAAAAAACAACUUGGUGCUCAAAGAAAAACCAGUAUUCAAGACCUUAGGAGUGUUGCCGGCCUCACAUUCUUGUUGGGAAUCACUUGGGGACUUGCAUUCUUCACAGUAAAUGAGGUAUUUAUUUACCUCUUUACCAUUUUCAACACUUUGCAAGGAUUCUUCAUUUUUAUCUUCUAUUGUGUAACAAAGGAGAAUGUCCGUAAACAGUGGAGAAGAUAUCUCUGUUGUGGAAAAUUCAGGCUGGCUGAAAACUCUGACUGGAGUAGAACUGCUACUAAUGGCUUAAAGAAGCAGACUGUAAAUCAAGGAGUAUCUAGUUCUUCCAAUUCCUUACAAUCAAACAGUAACUCCACUAACUCUACAACACUGCUAAUGAAUAACGAUUAUUCAGUGCACGCAAAUGGAAAUGGCCAUCUUUCCAGUGAGAAGAACGGUGUUUCUUUCAGUGUACAGAAUGGUGAUGUGUGUCUCCAUGACUUUUCAGGCAAACAACUUGUAUUUCAAGAAAAGUAUGAUACAGGCAGCCAAAAAAGCCGUAUCUCGCUCAGAAGGACUUCAAAGAGGGGAAGCCUAACUUUUAUGGAGAAAAUGUGAUUUCCUGUUAAACAGCACAUUGUUUUACAGUGUGAAGCGGAGAUUUACUUUCACAGUUUUACAUAAUGUGAGCAGACCAAGAACUGAUUUUAUUUAAUAUAUAGUACUGGAACUUCAAAGCAGCCAUGCAAUGGAUUGACAAGGACAAUUAUUUAAAACAAACAAACAAAAAAAGGAAGCUACUAUUUUGACAAGGUAUCUUGGAUGUCAGAUUACAGCUGGCACAUUUCCGUUUUGAUUCUUCAUUAGAGGUUUU